GGCGGCGGGCUGACGGAGCUGCGCAGGCGCCGGCCGGGAUCUGGUGGCGGGCUGACGGAGGGGCGUUGUUGUUUGCUGCUUUCCGCCGCGGUAACGUUGGUGGCGGGGCGGCAGCGGAUGCAGCGCGGCGCCGGCCGCCGCUCGGCUCCAGCCCUGCAGAUGCUGCAUGACUUACUGAGUUCCUCCAGCACAAAAGCAGUAAAGGCUGACUUAUCUUCAGAGAUGUUCAGUUUGGGUACAAACAGAUAAGAUUUGGCUGUAAAUGCAUCAAAAACCGCAAGCACAGAAUGAAGAAGGCAAGCAGGUCCGCUGCUGCGGCAUCCAAAGUCCAGGGCACUUGUAAAAUGCAGACCAUCGAGAAAGUUAAAUCUGACAACUAUUCUUCACUGAAUACAAUCACAAAGACCUCAAAAACACCAGGGACAACAGCAACGUUGACCAAGACUAAGAGCAGAAGCAAUGAUGAUUUGUUGACUGGAGUGCCUGGUGGCCUGACUGUGACCAGCACAACCAAAGCUAAGAAGAAUGUGUACCUGCCAUCGUCGGUAGCACCAGGCUCUGCAGCGACUGCGUCAACGGCAAGCAGCAAUCCUGAGGGCAAAGGGAAGAAUCCUGCAGGUUUGAGUGCUACAUCCAGACGGAAUCUAGCUGCAGGAAGUAAAGAGAUCAGUUGCAGCAGAGACAAAACUCGUGACCGGUCACGACAAAGCACAAUCAAAAAGUUAUCAUCUGCCAACCAGGGAGGUAAUGAUGUCAUUAAACGGUCACACGGUCGGAUGGCAGCGGAGUCUGACGCUCGGAUUAGUAAAUCGAAAUCUGAUGGCCAGAUCAGUGACAAAGUUGCUCUGGAGGCAAAGGUGAAAGAUCUCCUGGCUUUGGCUAAAAAUAAGGACGUGGAGAUUCUGCAUCUGAGAAAUGAGCUUCGAGAUAUGCGUUCCCAACUUGGACUGAACAAUGAUUUACCUGAAGGAGAGGGGAAGACUGAGGCAAAAGAGAGUGCUGUACCCCAUCAGUCCAGAGACAUAGAAUCCAGUCUUCUCCAGCUGGAAGAGCAGAACAGUACAAUCCGGGACGAGCUGAACCAGAUGAAAAAUGAGAACCGAAUGCUGAAAGAUCGUCUAAAUGCUCUUGGUUUCUCUUUGGAACAAAAGGUAGACAGUGCGGAGAAGCUGUUUGGCUUUCAGUCCUCAAGUCCUGAGGUGGUUGCUGGCAACCAGAGUGAUGGUGGGACAUUAACUUCCUCAGUGGAGGGAUCAGCACUCGGUUCCAUGGAAGACCUCCUGAGCCAGGAUGAGAACACUUUAACUGACAACCGCAGCAAUUCGCUUGAUAACCUGGACAGUGAAUCCAGUGAGGUCUACCAGCCUCUUACUUCCAGCGAUGACGCAUUAGACGCUCCCUCCUCAUCGUCUGAGUCGGAGGGUGCACCAAGCAGGGAGCGGUCAAGGAAGGGGAGCAGCGGUAACGUAAGCGAAGUCUCAGUGGCCUGUUUAACAGAGCGCAUUCACCAAAUGGAAGAGAACCAACACAGCACGGCAGAGGAGCUUCAGGCUACCCUCCAGGAGCUCGCGGACCUGCAGCAGAUUACACAGGAGCUGAACUCUGAGAAUGAGAAGUUAGGGGAGGAAAAAGCCAUCUUGAUGGAUUCCUUAUGUCAGCAAAGUGAUAAACUGGAGCACUUCAGCAGACAGAAUGAGUAUUUUCUUUCUUUACUGGAUGAGCACCACAUUUCGUAUGUUCUAGACGAAGAUGUAAAAAGUGGCCGCUACAUGGAACUGGAGCAGCGUUAUAUGGAUCUUGCUGAAAAUGCACGUUUUGAACGUGAGCAGCUUCUUGGAGUACAGCAGCAUUUAAGCAAUACUCUGAAAAUGGCAGAGCAAGACAACAAGGAUGCUCAGGAAUUGAUAGGUGCUUUGAAAGAACGUAACCACCAAAUGGAACGGAUCAUAGAUUCCGAGCAAAAGGCCAAAACGGCACUCGCUGGAGCAUUGGAAGAAUAUAAAGUAACUGUUGCUAAUGAUCAGAUUGAACUAAACAGGUUCAAGGCUCUGUUAGAACACGAGAAACAGAAAGUUGCAGAACUGUAUGCUUUUCACAAUGCAGGUGAUAAAUCAGAUUUACAGGAACUGUUGGAGACAACACGACUGGAUAAAGAGAAAAUAGAGGCCUUGUACAACAACCUCCAGGAGGAACUGGCCCAUAUUCGUAAUGAUGCUAAUCGACUACAGGAUACCUUAACCAAGGUUGAAGAUGAAUACAGAAUCUUCCAGGAGGAAGCCAAAAAACAGAUAGAUGAGCUUAGUCUGAAUGUUGAAAAGCUGAGAGCGGAUCUGGAAGAAAAGGAAACGGAGAUAAAUGACAUGAAGGAGACCAUUUUUGAACUGGAAGAUGAAGUGGAACAACAUCGAACAGUCAAACUCCAUGAUAACCUCAUCAUUUCUGACCUGGAAAAUACUGUUAAAAAGCUUCAAGACCAAAAGCAUGACAUGGAUAGGGAGACCAAAAUCCUUAACAGGAGACUCAGGGAGGAGUCAGCCGAGUGGCGGCAAUUUCAAGCUGACCUCCAGACUGCUGUCGUCAUUGCUAAUGAUAUUAAAUCUGAAGCACAAGAGGAGAUCAGUGACCUACGGCGGAGACUACAGGAGUCAAUGGAGAAAUCCGAGAAGCUCACCAAAGAACUGGAGGAAGUGAAGGCACGCAAGUACGUGGGAUGUUGUGAUGUGAUUUGGCAAGAUGAAGAGCGAGGACGAAUGUACAAUUACAUGAAUGCUGUAGAGCGAGACCUUGCUGCUUUAAGACAAGGUAUGGGCCUGAGUCGCAGAUCAUCCACGUCCUCUGAACCAUCCCCAACCGUCAAAACGCUAAUUAAAUCCUUCGACAGUGCUUCCCAAGUUGUCCCUAACACUAGUGCAACUGCCAUUCCGCGAAGCCCUCUUAGUCCAAGCCCUCUGAAAACCCCACCAGCAGCUGCUGUGUCACCAAUACAGAGACACUCUAUCAGUGGGCCAAUAUCAGCACCGAAAUCUCUGUCCGCACUGACAGAUAAAAGGUCAAGUUACACUGAGAUUUCAGUACCAGCAGAUCACUUACUGAGGUCUUCCUCUACAAAUCGAUCACCAGCGUCUUUACAGAGAGUUCAGGCCAUGGACUCUGCAAAGUCCAUAUCUGUGUCUCGAAGAAGCAGUGAGGAGAUUAAACGUGAUCUGACAGUCACAGAUAGCUCCUCGCCAUCAUCAUUGAUGGGAAUGACUACCACCUCACCACAGUUGUCCUUGACAUCUUCAUCCCCUACAGCUUCAGUAACGCCAACUGCACGUAGCCGCCUCAGGGAGGAGAGAAAAGAUCCGUUGUCAGCACUGGCUCGUGAAUAUGGCGGCUCCAAGAGGAAUGCACUUCUGAAGUGGUGUCAGAAGAAGACGGAAGGUUAUCAGAACAUCGACAUCACAAACUUCAGCAGUAGUUGGAAUGAUGGGCUGGCAUUCUGUGCUGUGCUUCACACCUACCUUCCGGCACAUAUCCCAUAUCAGGAGCUGAACAGUCAGGACAAGCGAAGGAAUUUUUCCCUGGCCUUCCAGGCAGCUGAAAGUGUUGGCAUCAAGUCUACUCUGGAUAUCAAUGAGAUGGUGAGCACAGAACGGCCAGACUGGCAGAGUCUGAUGCAAUACGUGACAGCUAUAUACAAGUACUUUGAAACUUGAAUCUUGCAUCGGUGACCAGUAAAGCCAGUGUUUGCAGAGCAACAGUUGGCUUUGGGCAGGAAUGUUGAUACAGCUCUUCAUAUAACAGCCUUACAACAUUCAUUCCAGUAACUUCACACAGGAUCACUUUGAAAAGAACGAACAUUCCCCAGGUUCUAUAACUUGUCCAGUGAAGAGGUGUGCAGCUGAGAGACGACACUGUUGUUCUAGAUUUAUCUGUUGGUGUAUGCUUGCAGUGGUGAACUGAUGGACGGUACAGCUUCCAAAGGCUGAGAAAUAAAUGAUCCAUUCCAGCUAACAUUAAAGACUUGCUGCACUGAUCUGAGAAGAAAGAUGAAGUUAUGUCCAAAAGUCAGGCAGCAUUUUCAAGUGUCAGUCCACACAGUAAUAUCCAUGGCUGUCCCUUCACCAAUGCCUAAUUCCAUUGUUAGGCCAUGAGCUCACAGUACAAUUUCAAACUUCGGCUUGAGAUUGCCAAUAUAAGUCACCUGGACUGUGGUUUUCAGGAUGAAUAGCUCAAGUUUAGCAUUAGUACUUGGUCUUAAGGCGUUACUCUGAACAGUCUGUUUACUCUGUCAAAUCCUAAAAUCGUGCUCCGUGGUUCCCCGAAGGAUCAUCUGCUACAAGCGUUGAAUAAUUCUUCCAGACCAAUGAGAAGAAGUCUCCUGUGUCAAAAGGCUAGUCUUCAAUCUGUCCUUAUUUAGAAUAUUAACUAGUUAUAAGGAGCUUAGUAAUUUUUUUUAUAUCUGAUUAUCAUGUUUUUAAUUUUCUUCAGAGAAACUGGCUGUUCAUAACAUGAAUAGCUUUCAUCCCUUGCAAAUCUGUCAAGGUGCUUGCAAAUAUACUGCUGCUUUUGGGUCAACUCUGAUGCACCUCUAACAACAUAUGAUUAGUUUACACUGCACAUGUCGCCCACAGUGGAUUGUUUGAUGAUAAAGGAACUUCACUCUGCACUUAAUAUAUGCUGGGAAUGCAUUGAUGGGGAACUGUAGAGGAAGAUUUUACAGUGGCCUACUAAGGUAUUCCCAGCAAAGGUACACCAUUUAUUAAAUGCAGAGUAAAGGUCUGUGCUCAGAGUGUUUUAUCUGACACUAGUUGAAUAGCUAACUCCAUAAACUUCACCAAGUUCUAAAUCAGGCAGGAAUUUGUCUAGGAAUUCUGAAGUAAUGCAAUGUUCUCAUCAUUACUUCAGAGAUUUAAAGGCAGGUUUAGGUUUCUCAGUCUUCAUUCCAAUUAAGAUCUUUAUCUGUUGUAUCUUUUAAUGAUUUUAUAAUUCUUUGAAUAUUAUACUAUUGUGUAACUAAGGGAGAGUAUUCUUGUGGACCCACCAAGUUAUCCUGUGUAACCAAUGGAACGUGUGAUGAUUUGCUACCUGACUGCCUGUGUAACCAAUGGAACGUGUGAUGAUUUGCUACCUGACUGCCUGUGUAACCAAUGGAACGUGUGAUGAUUUGCUACCUGACUGCCUGUGUAACCAAUGGAAUGUGUGAUGAUUUGCUACCUGACUGCCUGUGUAUCCUAAUGGACAUCCAUCAAACUGUCCCAAAUGAUUAUUCUAAUGGACAUCAAUUAUUAUUCUAAUGGAUCAUCAAUCCUAAUGGACAUCCAUCAAACUGUCCCAAAUGAUUAUUGUAAUGUCUUGAUGGUCCUCCCCUAUAAUGCCCAUUCCAGGCAGCAGAACAUCCCAAAAGAUCUCUACCAGACUGCCCUGUCCAACUGGUGAAAAUUCCUUACAGACCUUGACCGUUCAGCCUGCCCAACAGAUGACUUUGACCAGACUGACCUGCCCAUCUGAUGAAAUUUCCUUACAGACCUUGACCAGACUGUCUGUCCAACUGGUGAAAAUUCCUUCAGGCCUUGACCAGACUGUCUGUCCAACUGAUGAAAAUUCCUUCAGGCCUUGACCAGUCUGUCUGUCCAACUGGUGAAAAUUCCUUCAGGCCUUGACCAGUCUGCCCUGCCCAUCUGAUGGAGGAUCCCGAUGGAACUUGACCAGACGCCUGCAUGAUGAAAUGUCUAGGUAGACCCUGUGUAACUUGUGAAAUGCUCUUUUGGUCUUCAACAAGACUGCCCUGUGAGUUGAUGGAUUGUACUGGCUGAUGUUUUCCAAAUCACCAUUUAUAUCUUGGAACAUCUGCUAAGGUGCCUGAGGUGGACUUCCAAUACAUUGCUGCAGUUAUUGCUGGAGAUUCCUGGGGGGUACCACUGAGCUGUCUAAGGUAACUGUUGUACUGCUGUCUGUAGUCAAUGGAUGUCCCAAAUCUUCAUUUACAUUCCAUAUUGUUAAAGUUGCUUCAUAACGUUACUUUUUGAUGCCUAUUGACUUACAUUUCUUUAACACUCACUGUGAUUGAAAGAUCAUUUUAAAUGUCUAAGCAGGAAGAUGAUUACUAAGCUAGGUAUUGGUCAAUCCAGUUAACAUUAAUCUCAUUCUUGUUACUACACUCUUUGCUGUCUAGUCUCCACAAUAACAGAGAUUGCCUCUCAAAUUAACCCCAUAAGUCAUUUCUAUUGAAAAGGGUUUGAUACUUGAUGCCUUCUAUUCUAAACUGCACCUCUUGGUCCCACUAAUUGAUGCUAAAGCUCACAUUGUUGUGUAUUUUCUGACACAGUGGACAAUGAUCUGUCUGACAAGCACAUUUCCCUUUUUUGGGCAAUAAAUAGGCUUAUCCCUUUGCCAGGCCUCAGCUAUAUAAAGUAUUCUUUCCAUGAAUACAGGUAAGCUGUAGUGAUCCAUGUCACAUCAAGUGACACAAACACCAUGAUGUGAAGAUUGAACUCCCAGGGGUGUCCAUUCCGUGUUAGGCAAUGGCUGUUCUGGAUACAUGUCAGUGACAAUAAACGGGAACUGCAGGAAGCACUCAGCAGAUCAAGUAGCUUCAGGAUUAGUAUUUCAGAUCAGGGGACAAUACUGCCUCACCUUGCUGAGUUUCCAGCGUUUUCAGAUCUCCAGUAUCUGCAGAUUUUUUUUCAUUUUCCAAAAACUGAUAGGUACCGGUCUUAUUUCACUGAAUGUUUAAUUCUGUAGCUCUGCUCAGUAUUCAAAGCUUUGGGCAUUAUUUAUAUUAUUGACAUAUUAGUAGUAGUGAGUGCCAGGCACACCAUGUUUAGUAUAAAAGCCAUGUAUUUUGAUUGCAUAUAUUAGUUAAGUAUUUCUGUAACCCUAUGCUAUCACAGUUACGUGCAGAAAGUGGUCCAAUCCAGGCGUUCAGUGUAGGGUGCUUUCUGGGCAAGUUUGCUAAACAACCGUGAUUAAUCUUGGGAAGUGUAACAUUAUCCACAUUAAAGGUUCACUUUUCUUUGCGUUAA